AUGUCCAAUCGAGGAGAACAUUCAGCCAUCCGCAGUCGUUUAGGUGCACGUGGAGGUGGUCGUGAAGGUGGUCGUGGAGGUGGCCAUGGAGCUGACCAUGGAGCUGGCCGUGGAGGUACUACACGGGUGACCCAACCCUCACUGGAUACCUACUUUGAUGAUGACGAAACUCAAGGUGAAUACUCUGAAGAGGUGGUACCUGAUUCACAAGUAAAUGAAGAAGCUGAGGAUUCUGGAGUCGUUUGGAUGGCACCGGGUGAACUUUGGUUUGAUCACAGUUCCAUUUCGCGGGAUAUUACUAACGUCAUCCAGAAAUAUUUCAAGAGUCCUUGGACGUGUUAUACCAAAGUUGACAAGGAUACAAAAGAUCAUUGGUUCACUCUGUUCAAGAGGACCUAUAAAUGGUUGCCUGAGUUUGAUCACCUUGCUGUGCGUGAUUACCAUGCAAAUGCAUAUAAACGGGUUAAGUACAUCCACUACCAAAUAACAAGAAAGAGUAAUGGAAGGAAGCCAGAUUGGAUGUCUGAGAAAGUGCAUGCAGAUAUGAUGAAGCACGUGGAUGAUGAUGAAUUCAAGAAAAGAUCUGAGCAGGCUAAGAAAAAUAGAAGAGGGGGUUCAUUAACCAACAAUGUUGAACCAUCACAUUUCCAAGGUUCCAUUUCCACAACUGAGGCUGCAAAGAAAAUGGCAAAGGAAAGUGGAGGUGUGAUGCCUACAGCUGGUGACUUAUAUUUGAAGACACACACGAAGGAAGUACCGGGUAAAGGGAAAGUCCCUUGUAGUAGCAAAGCAAAGCAAAUCAAGGAAAACUAUGAAAAAAAUGUUGCUGAAUGUGUUGAAAAAGGCAUUGCUAAAGAUCCCAACCAAAUCUACUUUGAGACAGUAGGUGGGAGAAAGAAGGGAAAGGUCCCCGGGCUGGGUAGUGGAGCCUCUCUAUACUUUGCACCAUCUAGAAGGGGUGGUAGUUCUUCUAGCUCAUACACCCCAUCUAUUUAUUCUCAAAUAUCAUCUCGAUUGGAAGAGACUCAACAACAGUUGACCCAAAAAUCCAUUGAGCUUGAAACAACAAAAAAUCAGAUGUUAAAGGCUAUGGAGGACGAUCUACUUUUGAGGCAAAGGGAGAGAGAAGAAAGAGAAGCAGAGCGACUACAGCACCAAAGGGAGAUGGAAAGGGAGAGACAAGAGAGAGAAAGGGAGAGACAAGAAAGAGAAGAACAUGCCGCCCAGAUGAAAAAGGCAAUGGAGUCUUACGAGCGGAUGUUCAGUCAGUGUACUGGUUUUCCUUUCUCGCAGUCGCAGGACCCUCGAGAUCCAACCGGAGGCGGGACACCUUUGUGUUAGGUAGUUAGUAUUCUUGUAUUAGUUUGAACUAGUUACAACUUUUCGUAUUAACAUGUUUGAACAACAUUAUGUGUAUUAUGAAUCUUUGUUGUAUGACUUUGAACAUGUUUAAUAUUAUAACAUCGAGCAGGUUUCAUACGA